CUGCUUUCUUCAACUAUAUAUAUAACAUUUCCACCCCAUGUCUCUCCGCAACUAACCCUCUGCAUACGCCACCCACCUCCCACCACAUGUCUCUAUCUCCCAACAAAUCAACACUUUCACGACAACCAUCUUCCCCGUCUCUCGCAGUAGGUCUACCGCCGGCUCUCCCGGAGAGCAAUAUCAUGGCUCCCUCCACCACAUCGCCUAGCAAGCUACCCAAGUCAAGAAUACACAGGGGAGACGUAGAAUCCACAGAGAGCAGCGACGCAGAAGAAGACGUCAGAAACCACACUAAAACGCCCAAGAGAAAGGUCAUUAACACUGAACCAGUGUCAAUGUCGAGUAGCAACAAAGCAAAGAAGCGAGAGACACUGGCAGAGAGGCUGGCUGCGGCUGCCGUGGGGAAUAUCAAGGUCAAAGUCAAAAGCAGUUCUAGUGUGAAUGAUGGCCUCAAAGCGUCAAAUAGCGCUUCAACUUUGACUACCGCCAGUGCAAGCACCUCCGCUAUGGUCCAAACCCCACCUGCACAGGCUAGAACAUCUAUGAUGAUACCUAGUACGAUGCCUGCUCAGAGAACUUCUCGUCCUUCAUCAGGAUCCAAUUCCUCUGACAAGGUUGUCGUUUGUGUGAGAAUAAAGCCCACCCAAAGUUCAUUCAGCUCUAUGGCCUACGAGAUCACAUCGACAUCACUUACAUUGUCUGACAAUCACCCAAAGGUUAAACAACGAGGAGGAAAAGCUGGAAGAGAGGAUACUUAUACAUACACAUUUGACAAACUCCUUGAAUAUCCUUCGAAAACACCAGAACUUUAUGUUGACAAAGUUGCGCCUUUAAUUGAUAAGGCAAUGAAUGGUUUCAACAGUACAGUCUUUGCUUAUGGUCAAACUGGAAGUGGAAAAUCUUUCACAAUGACUGGCAUACCGACAGAACUUGGUAUAAUUCCAUGUGCCGUCGAUGGCGUCUUUGACGCCAUUACUGAGGAACCCGACCGAGCAUUCUUAUUGCGGGUGUCAUAUAUUGAAAUCUACAAUGAGACACUUCGAGAUCUAUUAAACUUCAAAAAGGGACCUCUGAGGGACGAUGAAAAGCCGUCAAUCCAUACCUCAAAAGGCAAGGUCUACGUCGAACCUCUGGUAGAGGAGAUCGUCUCUACUCCCGAAGAUGUCAUGGAACUUUUAGAGAAAGGCAAUGCACAAAGAAGGAUUGGUGCCACAGAUUGGAAUGAGCGAUCAUCACGAUCACACUGCGUUUUCACUAUUGUAAUAGAGUCUAGACCAAGAGAUGGUGACGGCGAUGAGGACAUCAGAUUGUCGCGUUUGAAUCUUAUUGACUUAGCCGGUUCUGAAAAAGCUGUCUCAGAUUCGGAGAGGCGUGGUGAAGGAAAACAUAUCAAUCAAAGUCUCUUAGCGCUGCGUGAGGUAAUCAACAAGCUCACAGAAAAGACCAAAGCUUCACAUAUCCCUUACCGUAACUCUAAACUGACGCAUCUCUUGGAGAAUGCCCUCGGAGGUGACUCCAACAUCUGUGUGAUCUGCACACUGUCAGCUGAGGAAGAACAUUGCGGUGAGACUCUGGAGACUCUUAAGUUCGCUGGUCGAUGUUCCCAAGUGAAGACAAACGCCAAGAAGAACAUUCUUCCUGCUUCUGAGCGAGCUUUGAUUCGAGCGAAAGAUCAAGAAAUUGAGGAAUUAAGGGCUAGGCUUACGGGUCUUACCAAUAGCAGACCGAGCAAAAUGGAACCUGACACUGAUCAAGUUACCGAUUUGGCCGAAUCUGUGGCCGCCAUGGAGGCUCGAAAGGCAAAACUGACCGCUCAGCUGGCUAAACUCAAUUCUGAAAUCCUUACUUCUGAACUUCCUCGACAUUCCUCCACCAUCAUGGGUGUCCCUAUGUCACCUCCCAAGCCCAAACGCAGAAGAAUUAGCGACUUUUCUGCAAUAAUGUCAACUGGUUCAGACCGGAUAGGCUUGGGGAUGGGCACUCCCAAGAAGGUGGACAGAAGAGCAGUUAGUGGGUUGACGAGGGUUCAAGAAGAGGAAGAUGCGCCAGGAAUCAUGGGAAGACUGUCUGCCAUCGGUGACAAUGGCGUACCAAAUUUUGACCACGAUAUUGCGUUGGCAACAUUGAGAAAAAGUCUAAGGCAGAAGGAAGAAGAGCUUUCUCUUGCCAACCGGAAUCUUGCAUCUGCCUUGUCCCGAGCCUCUCAAUUGUCAGAGAGAGACGAACGUAUUGCGGCCCUCAGCAGCGAAUUAUCCACCACCCUCAAAUCUCUUUCCGCAUUGCAAGCCACGCUUCGGACUACCGAAACUGACCUUCGAGAUCGCAAUUCACAACUUGAAACUACUCGAGCUGAUCUAGUAGCUACAAUCGAAGAUAAGGCCACCAAGAUUGAUGAGCUCGAAGAAAAAGUCUUGGAGCUACGAAAGAGCCGAGAAGAGUUGGCCAUUGAAGAUGAAGGAAGGUUGCAGGAAGUACAGAAGCAGUUGGACAUGGCAGUGAAGGAUAAACAGGAAAUUGAGCAAAGAGUCAAGCUAUUGGAAGACGAAGCUGCAGCUCGAAAAAAGGCCGAAGAGGGGGAGAAAGAUGCCAGGAGAGAAGUGGAAAGCAUCAAAUCUCAAUUAGAAGUUCUCCAAAAGGAGCAUGCCAGUAUCUAUUCUUCAGCACAGAAUGCCUCGACGAGAUUUGCGGAGUACGAAACUUCUAUCUCGACUCUUACAGCACAGAUCAACGAUUUGCUCUCUGCCAAAUUGUCUCGCGAAACAGCAUUGGAAGAACUCCGGAAUGAACACGCCGAAACAAAAAAGCAACGUGAUCGGGCGGCCGAAGAUCUGGAAAACUUCCAGAAGGAAGCUAUGGCAAACGAGACAAAAGUUCUGGGAGAGCUAAGAGAGGAGAUUGGGAACCUGAGGAGGCUCAGGGAGGAUGAAAAAGCGGUCUGGGACAGAAGCAAGGCUGAAAUGGAAGCAAGUAUUGAGACCUUGAAGCAAGGUGAGGCCAAAUCAAAGGCUCGUCUUGUAGAAGCCCUUAAAACGCUCGAGGAUGCAGCUCAAGCCAAUCGAUCAUUGGAGAAGAAGUUAUCUUACGAGGCUGAAGGGCGUCGUACUGCGCAAGAAGAAAGAGAUCAAGCCUUCGAAAAGCUCAAGGAAGCUGCUGGAGUGGCCAACGCUCAGUUAGAACACGAAAUUACCACUCGACAUGAGCUCGAAACCCAGCUCGCAUUCCUCAAAGAACAGCUCGAUUCCCAGCGGGCUGCUGUUGAGGCGCUCACUCGAAAUCUGGACACCGAACGGCAAUCAGCCAAGGAGCUUGCAAGGCAACUCGACAUUACCCAAAAAGAGAUGGAAACUCAAGAGUCAAGAAUCGAGAAGGCCGUGGACGAGCGCAAAGAUGUUGAAAGACGUCUAAGUGAGAUGGAAAGUGCUCUGGAAGCGGGAGAAAAGGAAUGGAGGGUCAGGAUAGAAGACGAAGCCCAUAAGAGGAGAGAAGCAGAAGAGAAACUGAAUGAAUUGGAGAAGUUGCGAGAAGUUGGAACUUCUGCAGAAACGGAGCUGCAAAUGAAACUAGAUGUGGAGGCAAAAGCCAGGGAAGAGCUUGAGCAAAGAUUGAAGGGCGUGGAGAAAAGGCACACGUCUUUCAAAGCUCUAGAGAAUGAUCUGCGGAAGCAGCUCGAGGCCCAGGUCACCAGUAGGGAGAACGUUGAAAGCAAGCUCCAAGAAAUCACGUUAUUUUGGGAAUCUGAAAAUGCGCAACUCCGUCAACAGCUUCAGUCCGCCGUCAGUCGCCGUCAAGAGGUCGAAGAGGACCUUACCGCACUUCAACAUCAGCAUGACACCAUAACCACCUCUGAAGCUGGGCUGCGCAAGAUACUCGAGGUGGAAUCGACUGCUCGUAGGGUUGCGGAAAAGAAAAUCAUUCAACUGGGUCGUCAGCGUGAAGCGUCAAGCUCUGAGGCGGCAAGCCUUCAAAAGAAGCUCGGCGAUGAACAAAUGGCUAGAGAAGAACUCGAGAGAAGGCUACAAGACACGGAGGGUCGUUUGCAGAGUGAGAUGGAAGAGCUGCGAGUCAAAGAUGAGGCAGAGUUCAAGAACAAGCAAGAGGCGGAAAGGAAGUUUACCGAGCUGAUUGAGAAGCAGUGUAUCAGUGAGACCGCCAAUCAAGAUAUGCAGAAGCGCGUCGAAGCAGAGAUCGUUGCUCAACAAAUAGCCAACGACAACGUCUCCGCAUUGAAAGAAAAGCUAGAGGCGGCUUCCUCAACUGAGCAACGGCUCCACCAACGUCUCAGCGAGGAAUCAGUUUCUCAGGCUCAAUUGCGUGAGCAGCUUGAAGUGGCUGCUUUGACGGAACAACGACUACGGCAACUUCUUGAGGCAGAGUCUGCCUCCCGGCAAGCUGCGGAGAAGGAACUGAGUGAAGUCUUUGCCUCCUCAAAGACCGAUUCUGAGAAACAGAAAGACCUCGGGGCGGAACUGGCCGAACAUCGGACGGCUAAUCAAAAGCUUACCUCUCUUGAAGCCGCUCAUACCGAGUUGCAAGCUCAAUUCAAGGCCCACAAAACCGCUUCAGAGGCUGCGCAGAAGGACGCUAAAGCCGAGUAUUCCAAGGAGGUGAAUACCCUCAGGAAAGAGUUGCUCGUCCUUCGGGAGUCUUUAAGCACGGCAAAGGCUGAAGCGAGUGACGCCAAAACUGAGGCCGACGCACAUCGCGAAAAAGUCACUAAGCUUGCCAAAGAUGUUGUCGAGCUAGAAGCCCGCCAUAAGGAGAAUAAAACACUUUCUUCGUCAACUUCUGUCUCCGCUCGACUCCGCACACUUUCCACCCCAGGUCCUUGGGUCAAUAGUGGAGAGAUGGGUGAUGCUUCGAUUAAAGGCAUGAAGGCAAGAGAACUCAAGGGCACAACCGCUGGAUUUGGUGCAGGAGAGAGAGAAAGCUCUAUGGCCAGACUGCAUGUUGGGCAUAAGGAUGAGAUUGAGAGAUUGGAGAAGGUGGUAGAGGUGCAGAAGGGAAUCAUCGACGAGCAACGAAUGAAGAUUGAAAGGUGGUCCAAGGAGAUGGAGAAGCAGCGUGAGAUUGUGCGAUUACUCACGAACGACACAACCAGUACCUCGUUGUCUCCCUCUUCUCCCCUCCCGCCCAACAGAUUUCGAGGAAAAUCACAUUCCAUCUCCCACUCCCCCACCGAAUCUCCUGCCACCGCAACACCUGCCAAGGGCUUCCCCUCAACGUUCACCGCUCGUAACUUGGCUCUUCCCACUACUCCCACUCCGUUGCCCAUGCACUCCAGCCAAUUUAGCAAUGCGUCUGUGAGGAAAGGAAGGAGGGUAACCAUAGAGCACGACAUUGAUCUUUUGAUUGAAUCAAACAAAGUCAACAGAGCAAAAGCAAUAUUCGAAACGCCCGACAAGGGAAGCAAGCAAGGGCCCGCGUCCCCCACAAGGGAGCCUCUCAGAGUGAAUCAGGCAACUUGGUCUAUCCCCAGACAGCGCAGGCCUUAAUUGUCUGCUCCCAAAGUUCGAUUUUUGGGUCCUUCCUGUUUAUAAUGUGAUAAUAUGAUGGGUGUGUAUAAUCGCUUAGAUUACGACCAUUCAGGGCAAUCUCAUAAAUAGUAGCUUUCCCUUCUUUCGAUUUAUAAUAUUCAUCCAUAUUGUUUAAAUAGACCUCAAAAGUGACGUACACCCGGCACUGAUUAUGCGUACAGAGUACGGGUAAAUCAUAUGUAUAUAAGUAGAUUCUGCG